AUGAUGGACCUAAGUAGUAUUGACAAAUCGGAAAUAUCAACUGAUCUGGUGGUAAAGAAGAAGGGAAAGCCUCAGAAUUCUACGGAAUCUCCUGUCGCACUGAAUGACUAUGGUGAGAAGGAGAAUCAGGAAGUUCGAGAAGACAGAGAAGUCAAGAUUCCGAAGGAAAUGAACGAUUCGGAUACGGUCCCAACAGAGAAGAAGGAUAUUAUUGUAGAUGAAGUGGAAGAAGAGAUUUUAACGUCUGAUUCAGAACCUAGCGAGGAUGAAGAGGCUGAUGAUGCGGAUCCCGAGGAUGAGGACGACUUUUUGGAGGAUGACCUUGCCGAAAUCAGCGCUGAAGAGAAGGCUGAGGUCGAAGGAAAUGAAGAGGGGGCGAUGGAUGUUGAAGAAGAAGUAGAGGAGGGCUCGGAAAACGCUGAGGACGCCGAUGCAGAAGAUGAUGAGGAGUUCGAGGAGGAGGAAGAAGAGGAGGAACCUCGUGAGGUUUGUAGUUUUGGAAGUUUUGUUUUGCUUUUUAGGAUGUUCAGCGGUUCCUUGAGUUUCUCAUUUCUAAUAAAGAAUACCUAAAAAAAGUUCCAUUCCAGCCGACUCAAGAGGAACUAGAAGAGGCCGAGCGCAGAAGAGAACAGGAAGAGCUGGAGUAUCUAGAAUACGAAGCUCGAUUGCAAUGUAAUCUGCCCAGCAACAUUGACCAUGCGAUGCCCUUGAUCUUCUGGCAUGAUCGGAAACAAAUAAUGUCGGUCCACUGCCAACCAGUCCAUGUUCCCCAUCAAUUUCAUUCUGACGCGGCCAAGGCCUCUAAGAUUGCUUUUAAGAUUUGCACGGCAUCUGUGCAAGAUGAGGUCCGUGUUUGGGAAAUCACAUUGAAUCCAAAGAAAGAUGCUGAAGAAGAAGAUCCCUGGCAUGUCAAUGUUACUUUUAUUGCCAACUUGGAAGGUCAUGCACAUCCACUAAACUUUGCGAUGUACUCUCCGAAUGGUCAGUUUCAUUUUUUUUUUGCGAUUGUUAUCAAAUUUUUAUGUGUAUUUUUACCAUGUACAAUACAAUUUUUUUAGGCGAAUUCAUAGCUUCUGGUGAUGUGAGUGGAACAGUGAUAAUUUGGAAGAUUUUCCCUCGAGAAGAGGGAUUUGUUUUACCUGAAGAGCCUCCGAUGAACGAUGAAAAAGCCUUGUUUGAUAUCCCAGUGAACAAAGAAAAUUGGAAACGAGCUUUCCUUCCGAUCAGACAUGAAGACGAAGUCAAUUGUGCUGUUUUCUCUCCGAACUCGCAAUUCCUGUGCACGGCUUCUGAGGAAAAUGCGUUGAGGUUGUUGAAAUGCGGAAAUGGUAAGAGUUUUUAUUGUUUUGGUUUGAUUUUUAGGAAAAUGCCCUCGGUUUUGAUAUGUUGCACUUGAUUUUCUACGUUCAGAAUCUUUAUUUUUGAAUUUUAGGUAAGAAUGUUUGGAAAUUGACCAAUUUCCGACGAAAAAUCACUGGAGUUUGCUGGGAUCCCAAUGGUUAUUAUAUAGUAACGCUCUCCACGGAUCAAAGAAUGGAUAUUAUCUUGGCUCAGAAGGGUCAUCGUCUCAGAACCUGCCAUUCAAUCCAGUUACCGGACCAGAUCCUGGAAAAUGAUCAAAUUAUUAGAGGAAUGCGUUAUAAGUUCUUCUUUGAUCAACAUACCUAUGCAUUCACGAGAACCCCUCAAUUCACUCCGUGUGGUGAACUUCUCAUCACUCCUGGUAAGCGUUUAUGACUUUUAUUUUUGUUGUUUUUAGAUGUAAGAUGGAUUAAUGUGCAUUGUUUCAGCUGCCCAGCUUGAAAAUGAAGACGAAGCGUUCUAUGGAGUUUAUGUUUUCCGUCGAUGUGAUUUUGACACAUGUUUGCCUUACCAGAUGUAUCGAACCGCUCGUCCAACAGUCAUGGUCUCCAUUAUGAACAAGAGAUUGGCCUUGAGAACGGAGGAGGAACAAGAACCUUUUGUUGAUCUGCCUUAUAGGUAUGAUAAUAGUUUUUGUGGUGUGUUUGGAGGGAGUUAGGGGAUUAUUUAGCUCUUUCACUUUCGUUUUGAUAUGUAAUUGACAUUAUUUUAGGUAUGUAUUUGCCGCACUGUGCACAGAAUCCAUUUACAUCUUCGACACGCAAUAUCCACAGCCCAUUGCUUACCUCACCGACCUGUCCUACGAUAAUCUGACCAGUUUGUCAUGGUCGAUUGACGGAAAAGUGCUUUGCGUUUCAUCGUUGGAAGGAUACAAUCAUUUCAUCCAUUUCCGAGGCGAUGAGUUCGAUAAUGUGACUACUGAUGCCCUCCAAACCUGUGAAUUGCCGAUUCUGAAAAAGCCAAAAGAAGAAACAACGGCCAAACCGGGGUUAGAGGAUAUGGUUCGGACUGAUCUACCUGAAGGAAGUGAGCAAAAGACGCCCAAGGGAAACCAAAACAAGGAGGAAGAUGAUGGAACAACUCCUGUUGGAAAAACUCCAAAAAGCAGAAAGAAGACGAAAAAAGAGAACGUUGUGGAAGGAGAGACGGCUACGAACCCAACUACCAGUUCAACUCCAAAGCCAAAGAGUAAAGAAAACGAGGGAAACCUUGCGACGCCAAAUGCUGAGUCCUCGGUGAAUUCGACGACCACCCCGAAAACAAAAACUCCGAUGACCAAAGCAGAGGAACCAAACCAGAAAAAGAUUUUCGACUUCUUCGCCAAACCCGGAUCUCAACCAUCAACCCCGAAGUCGAUUGGCCGUCGAAUUUCAACUUCGAGACCAACGGGAUCGACGUCGCAAGAAAAUAAUGAAGAUUUGGAUAUUAUAGAAGUGGACGAUGAAGAGGAGGACAACAAACAGGUUACUCACACUCCAAAAAGAAAGAAACCUGCCCCAACGAGAAAGGCCAAAACCGCAGCGACUGCCGCUCCAUCCACCGGAAAUCUGGACAGCUCCUCCGACGACGAGGACUUCAAAGAAUCCUCGGAUUCGGAGGAUUCAGAAGCCUCGCAAGAUUAUGAUUCAGCGGAUGAAGUGAGCCCGGUAGAAGUGUCAAGCUCAGAAGGUGAAAUGGAAGUAGAUCCGUGAUCUCGAAACUCAAGUUUUAUUGGUUUUGUUCAUUAUGUAUACACCUAACUUUGGACAUUCCCAGAUUUCAGAAUUUGCAUUUUAACGAAUAAAUAAAAAGAUAAUGUUUCAAGUAUUGUGAUCGAAAAGAAUUGGAAAAGAAAAUCUUGGCGGGCAAAUGGAGACGUCCUUGAGGCAGUAGGAUCGAAAUUAGUUUAAACUUUGUCGUCUCACGCGAGUUUUGACCUUCUGGCAUAAUGUUUUAUUCAAAAAAAAAACAUGGAAAAUAUUUCGGAAUAAACGCGUUUUACCUUUUUUUUCCGCGUUUGAGAGCCUAUUUUGUUGGCCAUAAGCGCUAUUUUGAUUUGCUAUACUUUCGAGAUCCUUAGAAACUAAACUUCGUAUUUAACUAUAUUUGAAGUUUUCCAGAAAUGCAUCCUGUCCCCAGUUCUUCCGUACUACCACCCGGAACACCACCUACGUCAAACACUCCACCGCACAACAUUCCUCAUCCAUAUCCGGCUACUCCACAGCGACCGAAUCCACCUCCACCAUUGGAACCAUUCACACCUCAACAAAUGGCAGAGAAGAAAGCCCGACUAAAGGAAAUUUAUGGGAAAUAGUAAGGUUUCACUGUUCUUUGUUGACUUUUAGGUGGUCGGAAGGAACGUUUAGGAAAGCUCGGUGGAGAUUGGGUGUCUGGAAUAUGAUUUUCGAAUUUUUAGGUACUACUUGAGGGGAAACCGUCGGCGAAUGGUUAAAACAGGGUGCAUUUCGGAUGGCAAUAGGGCAAAUCGUUAAGGAAAAGUGUGCAAGGUUGACUAAAACUAAGAAGUUUAAGAUCUUUUAUGACUUUACCCAGAGCUGGAACCAAAUGGAUGUUAAAAAAAAUUUGCUUGCAGCGCUCAAAAACCACUCCCACCCUUUGCCCUACAGUCAGCAUACACCGUAGUACCAACAAAUUCUUCGUUAAACAACGACUUUUUGAUCGUAAUGCCGAGAUUGGACGUAGACAGCGAUGCCGGGGCACCUCAAACAGUUCCCCAAUUAGGCCCAACUCCGAACGUUCGAGAUUCGUUUGUACAAAAGAUCCGCCCGCGGCAGUAA